AUGCGGGCCGCGGCGCCCUGUGCCCGGGCACGGCCUGUUGGAGGAGAGGUGUACAUACACGCUCGAUGCCGGCGCUCGCUCACCGGGCGUGCCCGAGUGCCCGGAAGGCAGAGCAGAGGAGCUCCCUCGAUCGAUGCGGGCGGUGCGGGCGCGGCCUGCGGCUGCCGCGGCGUCGCGUGCGGCGCGUCAAAGAGGAAGAAGACAACGGACGCGCUGGAGGCCAUGCUCGGCGUCGAAGAACCGGAGAGCGGCACGCAGGAGGAGACUAAGAAGGUGGAAGAGAAGGAAGCGACCAAAACCGAGAUGAAAUCGGGCGCGGAGAAGACGACCGGCCAGGAUGGUGACCCGGGAAGGAGGCGCGCGAAGCAGAUCAGCAGGAAGGAUUUGCCGCCCAACAUGGUCCCAGCGGAAGACUGGGAUCUCCCACUCAUCCCGUGGCAGAACCCCGCCGGCGCCGUGCUCGUCGCCCAGGGUCUCAAGGGUUGCGCGGCAGUCGCUCUUUUAUGGUUGUGUGGGGGCCGCUUUCCUGGUCUCGUGCACCUGGACGAGGAGGCCCUCCGGCUGGCCCUGUACGCGGCGGGCGCCAUCAUGCUCCUCGACAGCGUGCUCCUCCUCCCGGACUGGUCCCCGACGGACGGCAAGGACGCCAUCGUUGCGCCGUCCCCCGACGCCAAGUUCGUCAAGGAGGAGCUGAGCAACGGCCUGACGAUCCUGCGGCCAGUGAAGGACGCCGAGGAGGCCGAGGGUGGCGACGGCGCGGAGGAGGGAUCGGCGUCGGACGGGGCCGAGGACAGAGAGAAACAGGGAGAUCCGAACUCGGUGACGAUUGUGUCGCCGCCGCUCGCGUCCGGACUGACGGAUGCGUCGCCGUCGACGCUGCAGGCGGGUCUCUGGCUGUACCAGCGGCAGCGGGCGGCCGUGAUGUACGACCCCGCGACGGAGCGGCCCCCGGAGUGGGCGUUGGUGGGGUUGGGCGCAGCGCAGGGCGUGGCGCAGGCGGCGCUGCUGCUCGCGACGGCCGUGGGGCCCGCGUUGCUGGUGCAGGACUUUAUGGAAAACGCAGAUGACAUCCCGUUCAAGGUCCAGACGCUGCUGUCGGCCGUCCCGGGCCUGCCCAACGACUUCCUGCUCGAUCCCGGGUACUUCGCGACCGUGGAGCAGCUCCGCGACGCGUACUCGAGCGUCCUGGCGGACGGAAAGACCUACAUGUACGCCAUCGCGCCGGGCAAGAACGGCGAGAUCGCGCCGGGGUACCUGACGUUUGCCGCCGUGCAGGUCAUCUCGUCGUACAUCGCCGUCAACGCGCUGCGCAUCGUGAAAUACGUCGAGGCGUUCCGGGCGCCGCCGAGGGUGCUCCCGGGCAACCUGGAGAAGGAGAUGGCGCAGCUUGAGAAGCGAGAGUCGGGCCCGGACGAGCCGGGAAUCACCAAGAAGGACAUCGAACGCGUCGCCGCCAAACAGCGCGCGCAGGAGUCCAAGGGAGACGACGGGACGGCCGACGCCGCGGCCGCGAGCGCGAAGGCGACAGAUCUAGCGUCGAAAGCGUCGCCGGGCGGGGAAGGCCCGGCGACCGAGGUCAGGGGGGGUCUGAAGCCGCUCCCGGCGCGCAAGGGGCGCAGCUCUGCGCGGCGUGGAGCCGAGGUGCGCGGACUGCUGCAGAAGCUCGCGCGGGAGACGGCGCGGCGCAUGGCGACCUUCCAGCUGCUGCGCGGCGCGCGCAGCAUCUACGGCAGCGUGGUGCUGCUCACGACGGCCGUCGUCACGCACGGAAACCUCGGGCCCGCGCUCCUGGGCGGCGGACUGUCUGCGGCGUUCAGCCGGUUGGCGCUGCAGCGGUGCGUCGACAGGGUCAACGACAAGCGGAAGGCGCAGGAGAAGGCGUGGAUCAAGGCGGCCGUCGAGAGCAGGACGGCGGCGCUGGAAGACCAGAAGGCGAAAACGGACCGCCUCGCGCCAUCCAAGGGCGACGCCAGCCCGAAGGAGGGCGCCGACGGGGCCGGAGACCGCGCCACGCAGUCGGACGCAGAGAACAAGGCAGACUGA